AUGCCUACCAGCGCAGCAUCUUUCCCGACAUCACACUCAACUACACCAUAUUGGAGGAAUGAGGUCAAGCCAAUUGAUGAGCAUAGAAGCACCGAAGGCAUACCAUCUUACGCGGAUUUAGUCAUCAUUGGUGCCGGAUAUGCUGGUGCUGCAAUUGCACAUCAUCUGCUCGAGCGACACAGUAGCCAUCACGAUCAGUCGCUACCAUCCAUAGUGAUUCUGGAAGCUCGGGAAGCGUGUUCCGGCGCCACCGGACGGAAUGGAGGUCAUCUCAAACCAGACCCGUUUUCGAGAGCUGCAAACGUUCUCAAGACGCAUGGCAAGGCUGUUGCAGAACAUGUCGCCUCUUUUGAAGCCCGCCAAGUCCAAGAAGUCAGAGCCUUUGUUGAUUACGAAGAGAUCGAUUGUGAUUUCGAAGAGGUCACAGUGCGGGAUGUCUGCCUGUACCCAGCAGGCCGGGACAAGAUCGAGGCUGACCUAGUUGCUCUUAACGAGGCCGACAUAUCAACCGCAAGAAGCCUUGAAUACAGUUCUGACAGAGAGGCCGAAGAGAUAUCCGGGGUGAAAGGAGCAAAGUCCUGUCUCACGUUCAACGCUGCUCGAUUAUGGCCGUACCGUCUCGUAAGCCAUAUGUUGGAGAAGGCCGUAUCCAGAGGUAUCAAUCUGCAGACUCACACACCUGUCACCAGUGUCAGACCUACGGGAGAAGGCUCAGACGUCGGUCUCUGGGCAGUCAAUACGUCUCGAGGCUCUAUCGAGUGCAGUACUGUCAUCUACGCAACAAACGCUUAUACAUCUGCCCUCGUCCCGGAGCUCAAGGAUAAAAUUGUUCCUGUCAGAGGCACGGUCGCGCGCCUUCUGCCAGCAACAGACGCACCGCUCUUGAACGACAGCUACAUGAUGCGUUUCUCGGAGUUUGAGUAUGACUACAUGAUUUCGCGCCCAGAUGGGAGUAUCAUUGUUGGAGGUGCGAAGCGUGACUUUUACGACGAGCUCAAUGAGUGGUAUGAUGUGUGCGACGAUAGUCGUCUUAUGAAGGGUGCGACGCAAUAUUUCGAUGGCUACAUGCAACGGCAUUUCUCUGGCUGGGAAAAUUGCGAUGUUCUUACAGAUCAGAUCUGGACUGGGAUCAUGGGAUACUCCAAUGAUGGCUUCCCUUAUGUCGGCCCAGUAAAUGGCAAGCCUGGACAGUACAUCUGCGCUGGCUUUACGGGUCAUGGCAUGCCACAGAUCUUUCUCAGUGCGAAGGCCAUUGCAGAGAUGGUGAUUACUGGAGUUCCAGCUGCAGAAGUGGACCUCCCACUGCCGUACCAUACAUCGCCAGAGAGGUGGUCGAGGCAGGGCAUCCAUGGAUCUCUACAGCAAUGGCAAGCAGUUUCCGAAAGAGCAGCCACUCGCGCAAGACUUUGA